GUCUUCCGGCGUUUCAUCUCCGCAGCCCGGGGCCAGCAUUUAUUAGCAGGGUUUUGUUCUGCAGUCCUUCACAAUUUGCCCUCAGAUUGAAAACGUCCCAACGCCGAUGCAUAGUACAAAAACACGCAUCACGCCUUUACAUUUCCUCUCGUUAACCGACGAAAAUCCUCCUUUUGUGCUCUUGUGAGUGAAUGCCGGCUAAUUUAUACCUAAAUACUCCUUGUAAACAUUACGCUUGUAGUCUAAAGUUUAGGGUUCACCCUCCUCGUUCACAGCGUGGUUAUUGUACGGCCACUUUUCACUAUACGGUUAAACGGUUCUGGGACGUCGCGUCUUUGAGACCGGAAGUGAGUCCUCUUGACCCUGAGAACAUCUUCGGCUGCACAUUACGUCUACGCCUGACCGACAUCUACUCACCUUACCACGAGCCCUCCGUGUUGUUGUAAACUUGUUUUCAAAAAGCAAGAAGUUGAAGCACGAAAACAGUUGACAGCGGCCCCAAAUGCUCCAGAUGGAACUAACAGACCGGAGCUCAGUGUGACAGGAGGCGCCUCUGUUGAACAAGCAUGCGGACUGGAAAGCCCUUCCUCUGCGUCUACGGACGCCGGGCUCCUCUCCGGUGGCUCGGCCAACCCAGAGCCUGUUCUAGUGCUGCCCGGGCCGCCGCCAGUCCAGGAGAGAAGAGGAGGGCGGUGUCCGACGGCUUCAGGAGUCAGGUCGCCUCCGGACCGCGUUUCCAGGAUUUCAUCAAAGGAGCUUCGGGGACUCUGCCUGCAGGUGGCGAGCACGCCGAGGAAGAUGGCCACUACCUGUCUGAGGACUGGGGGGCGAUGGGCCACUCAAGGAAAGUGUACUUUGAAACCUAUGGGUGUCAGAUGAACGUGAACGACACAGAGAUAGCCUGGUCCAUACUUCGGGAGAAGGGCUAUCAACGCACAGCUGACUUGAAACAGGCAGACGUUGUCCUCCUAGUGACCUGCUCCGUAAGAGAAAAGGCCGAACAAACAAUUUGGAACAGACUCCAGCAACUUACCGCCAUGAAAAGGAAACGACCAAAGACCACCUCACCGCUGAAGAUCGGCAUUUUAGGCUGCAUGGCAGAGAGGCUGAAGACGGAGCUCCUGGAGCGGGAGAAGCUGGUGGAUGUCCUCGCCGGGCCUGAUGCGUACCGGGACCUCCCUCGACUUUUAGCCGUAGCUGAUGGGGGUCAACAGGCGAGCAACGUGCUGCUGUCUCUAGAGGAGACCUACGCAGACAUCAUGCCCGUUCAGCAUGCUGCUCAGGGACACAGUGCUUUUGUCUCCAUCAUGCGAGGCUGUGACAAUAUGUGCAGUUACUGCAUCGUCCCCUUCACCAGAGGCAGAGAGAGGAGCCGACCUGUCAGCUCCAUUCUGGAAGAAGUGCGGAUGCUCUCUGACCAGGGUGUGAAGGAGGUGACGUUGCUGGGUCAGAACGUGAACAGCUACAGGGACACCUCAGAAGAACAGUUCUGUGGUUCAGAGCGGACAAAGCUCAGCCGCGGCUUCAAUACCAUCUACCAAACCAAGCAGGGAGGUCUGCGCUUCUCCGAUCUGCUCGACCGAGUGGCGCGCGUUGAUCCCGACAUGAGGAUCCGGUUCACCUCUCCUCAUCCAAAGGAUUUUCCUGAUGAGGUUCUGCAGCUGAUUGCAGAGCGACAGAACAUUUGCAAGCAGAUCCACCUUCCAGCCCAGAGCGGGAGCAACCAGGUCCUGAAGGCCAUGCGCCGUGGGUACACCAGAGAGGCCUACCUGGAUCUGGUGGACAAUAUAAAGCGAAUCAUCCCAGACGUUAGUCUCAGCAGCGACUUCAUCUCAGGCUUCUGUGGUGAAACGGAGGACGACCAUCAGCAAACUCUCUCCCUAAUCCGAGAAGUGGGCUACAAUGUGGGCUUCCUGUUUGCCUACAGCAUGCGGAAGAAGACGCACGCCUUCCAUCGGCUCCAGGACGACGUGGCGCCACAGGUGAAGCAGCGGAGGCUGGAGGAGUGCAUCGGUGUCUUCAGAGAGGAGGCUGAGAGGGUCAACGCUGCUGUCGUCGGCAGCAGGCAGCUGGUGCUGGUGGAGGGAGAAAGUAAAAGAUCUGUCGAGGACCUGUGUGGGAGAACUGAUGGGAACAUGAAAGUGAUUUUCCCUAAAGAAGAUAUUGCCGUUCAGGCCUCUGCAUCCAACACUGCACCAAUCCGUGCUGGGGACUAUGUGCUGGUGAAGAUCCUGUCAGCCAGCUCCCAGAGCCUGAGGGGACGGGCCUACUGUCACAGCUCCCUGAGAAGAACACUGAUGCUGUGAUGGAUACAAGUGUUGCUACGUUCUGUUACAAGAUGGUGAAAACAGUCAUGAUAAACUGCUGACUAUGAAUCAUAAUUAAAAAAAAUCAGCUUUAUAUGUUGUUAAUAUUAAGACCAGUUGUAUUUAAGUUACUAAAAAUCUGUUUUAAUAAACAAUAGUCUUUUA